AUGGACGCCGAGCGCGCCGCGGUGCGCAUCUUCGACCUGAUCGACGCACGUCAGAUCGCUCAGGCGGAGGGUGCGCUGGAGACGGCACUGCAGAAGUUCCCUGAUGACGACAACCUCCGCGCGGCUGAGGCUCUCAUCGUGAUGCGAAACGGCAACUACCGCCUCGCGAAAGCCAAGGCUAUUGCCUUGAGCGAGAGGAACAUCACGAAGCCGAAGGCUGUCAACGCACUGGUGCACGUCCUGCAAAAUUGUUGCUGCUGGGAUGCCCUUGUGGCGACGUACGAGCGCUUGAAGCCGCUGCAGAACGAACGUCAAAUCUCGGAAAACCUAGUGCAGACGUACACCCGCAUGGGUGCGUAUGCGAAGGUGCAGCAGGCGGCCAUGCAGCUGUACCGUCAGUACAGCGACCCCAAGUACCAGGUGUGGAUGUUGCAGGCGAUGCUGGCACAGGUGCCCGCCGACAGCUCCGACCACAUACUGCUGAAGCUCUCAACGAAACUUCUGGAUGCGGCCGUACUGACGGAGAAAGGGCAUAUUGUUCCGUCGACAGUGCAGACCUACGUCGACGUGCUUGCACAACAGGGCCAGUACGCCGCCGCCGUGGACUUCCUGCUGAGUGAGCGUGCCGCAAAGAUCGGGCUUCUCGCGACACGCCUCGAGACGCUGGCUCGGAUGCUGCAGAAGGCUGGGCGGGUGUCGGCGGCGAAUGCGGUGGCGCGUUAUCUUUGGAGCCAGGAGAGCGAUAACUGGGCUUCCUUCACCAUCUACAAGGACACGCUGGUGCCCGCUGCUGACACUGGUGCAGGGGAAGGGGUAGGUGAAGCUUCUGCGUUGGAGGUGCUUGGCCCCGCACCAGAGAUGCGCACCACCGUCGAUUGCACCACGGCUCAUCACUCGCUGGAGGAGGCGGUUCAACUGGCGCGCGAGCUGCAAGAGCAGGAGGAGUCAAAGCAUCCAAACAAGCAUCGGCGCGGCCCCUACCUUGCGGAGCUGGACUUGCUGCACUCGCUUCAGUCAACGGAUGUGCAGGAGCGCGUGAUCGCGUACGUGGAGCGCUUCUACCGCAAGCCGAGCUGCUACCUUGAUAUCUCCACCUUCCUUACACCGGCGAUCGCGGCAAGCGUGUACGAGUGGUCGCGCUCUUGCGCCUCUGCGGCAACGAGGGAUGAGGUAGAUGUGCACACACGCCGCAUCCUCGGCCUCCGCUGCCUUGUGGGCUCGUGGGAGGAGACACCAGCAGCUGGCGUGCCUCGUGCGCUGUUCCGUGAAUGCGUGGAGGCCUACCAAAGAAGCAGGCACCUCUCCGAGAGCCUUGCGUGGAGUGAGGAGGGGCUGUGUGACGGGUACGUCACCGUUGCCUUGAACAUCGCCCUGCGCUGCUACGCGGCUGACAAGACCUCCCCAGACUACUCAUACCUCGUUGAGGGCCUCGACUUGAUGAGGAUGGUGGACCGCCGCAUGAACAACCCGACGUGGCUCAUCUACGCGGUGAGCUUUGCGAACCUGCUCGGCCUCACCGAGCGCGCGGCGCUGCACCAGCUCGCCUUCAAGAACGUCCAGCGGGACACGAUGGCGCAUGUGGGAUACUGGCCGCUGCUGGCUGGGCUAGCGCUGGAGGAUGUCACGAACUGGGACUGCUGGGCAGAGGACUACUACAGCCUGCAAGAGCGAGACUGUAGCUUACUGCGUGCUAAAGUGUUCAACUACACGUCUUGGCCAGCCAUGCAGGAUGUGCAGCGCUUUGAGGCGGCGCAGACCAACUCACUCUACCGCUGGCAGUGCCCGGCCAACGAGUUCACUUCCGCGCUGCUUGAGUGCCAGACACAGAAGGACGUGAAAGAGUCGUUAAAGGUCCGUGUCGAGGGGCUGUGGGCGGCGUGGGAGCGCCUGAGCGCCGCUGGAGCAGCCGACACGCUCAUUGACAACACGGAUUGGGUCGUCGCCAAGUCGAUGGUGCUGGGCAACAUCCACUCCUCCACCGUCCAGCAGCUCACAGACUCUCUCGUUGUUGUGCCGUCGCGGAAUUGGCAGGUGCGCCGCAGCCUGCAACUGCUCUCGUCCAUCUUCCUCGUGCACGACUUGGCAGCCGUCAGUUCUCACCGCGAAGCUGCGGUCCAGGCGAGCAAGUUGCGCAAGGGAAAGAACGCACGUGCGGACAGCGAUGCGGCAGCUGCCCCGGUCUUGUACAGCAGCCGCCUAGGCACCCCUUCAGCCUCGGUUGAGUACUUGCCGGCGGUGCAGCCGCUGGCCGGCGUGUUGCGCGCUUACGUGGACUCCCUCGGCGAGGUGGCGCCUGAGGCCGCCAGCGCAACUGAGGAGCUGCGCACCUAUCUCAAGUCUCUGGUCGCCGAGUCGGAGCACAGCGCAGGUGCCUUCGAAACGUUCCUCUACCCACAGGCGUACAUCUUAUCAGCCCUGCUAAAGAUGGCGCCGGCGGUGAAGCUGCCGGUAAAGCAGUGGGUCGCCGAUGUGCGAGAGACGCUGGAGACGGCGCAGCACCGGUACGAGUCGCACUCGUGGUCCGCGCUCGUCACCACAGUUGGGCGGACACCUGUGCCUUCGACGCGUGCGGUGGCGAGCAUCAGCCUAGCGCCGGACAGCUUCACGGCGAAGCUGGAGGCGGAAAAGGUGCGCCGCAUCGUUGGUUACGUGUCCAGCCUCAAGGUCGAAAUGGGCGCAUAUGUGCGCUGA